AUGUAAGAUAGUGAAGCUAAUAAAUAAUCCUAAAAUCAAGAGAAGGCUAAACUAUAUAAAUGGAGAUGGGUUGUCUUGAUUUUAUUCACCUUGGCUGUGUUUAUGAAUAGCAUACCAGGUGAAAUUUAUGUUCCUGCUUCAAGUGAGACUUAGCUAAUUUAUUCUGAAAGUGAAACCAUGAUUACCUUGGCUUAAACUAGUUAUGUAAUUAUGCAUCCGAUUUUAUCAAUCCCUUGUUCUUAGUUCAUUGUGAAGUAUGGAUGGGCAAAGGCAACAAACAUAGGUGUGGCAUUGACAAUAGGAGGCAGUUUAAUUAAAUUGCUUGUUAAUCAAACGGGAUUUUAUAUCAUAGUGGUUGGCUAAGCAUUAAUUGGAGCUGGAAAGCCUUUUAUUUUGAAUGCUCAGGCUUCAAUGGCAUAAAACUGGUUUUAUCCAGAAUCAAGAACCUCAAUUAUUAUAGCUUUAAAUGUUCUUAAUUUGAUAUCUAAUGUCGUAACAUUAAUGAUACCAGGAAAAUGGAUUUUUAGAACCUAUGACUUUGAGGACACCACCGAAUCCAUUGAAGAGGGAAAGGAUUUGAUGAAUAAAUUAAAUAUGGUUUGCUUGUAUAUGGCAUUGACGUUGAUCCCUUGCUUUUUCUUCUUGAGGAGUGCAGCUCCCACAGCCCCAUCUGCACUAGUAUAGAAAGAGGAGAAGCAAGGCAACAUUAAGAAAACUAUUAUUAAGAUAUUGUCCAACCACAAUUUUCAGUGUUGUUUACUGGCAUAUUCCGUUUAUUUAGGAUUAGUCAAAUGCUUAGUCUUGAUCCUACCUUACCUCAUCAGACCUGCUGGUUAUGGCAAAGGGGAAGUAUCCAUAGCUGGAUCAAUAGCCAUGGCUUCUGCGGCCGUUAGUUAAUCUACAUUGGCUGCUUUUAUAUAGAAAUUUAAAAAUGUAAAAACCUAACUCAUUAAAGUCCUGAUGGCAAUAUCGACAGGCUCUUUGGGAUUAUUCUACUUUUCUUUAGUAAAUGGCAAUUUGUUUUUCAUCUACUUAGCUAUUGGACUUGUGGGAUUCUUCAUCAUGCCAAUAGCACCUGUUUUGAUGGAUAUCAGUUGUGAUGUCAUCUUCCCCAUCAGUCCAAGCUUUGCUAUUGGGAUAAUGUAUAUAGGAUCUUAAUUAUUGUUGGUUAUCUUCACUCAAGGGGAGGCUGUUUUGGUUGGUGGUGCCAAUAGCACUAUGGCUAGAGUGACAAUCACUUUGGUUUUGGACAUGGGUUUAUAAUUGCUUGGUUUAUUUUUGUUCUCAUUCAUUAGAAUUAGCAGAGGAGCAGUCACUCAAUCUACUGUAAAUAUUGUAUAUGAAUAAUAGCAUGAUGUCGCUCCUACUGAUACCUAAGAAUCUUUGGUUCAGGGAAGAUCUUUAUUUGAGAAGGGAUAAGCAUUCUCUUCAUCCUAUGCUGGCAGUUCCUUUUUCAAUGUUUAAUCAGCUAUUGCCUUUAUUGGAACUACUCCAACAGCACCUUAUACUGAUUAUAAGAAAGGCUCAAAAUUUAAUGUAUUCACCUCAGAGAUAGGAUAAUGGUAGAACAAUGAAGACCAACAACAAGAAUAGGGUCAAUAGUAAUGA